AUGUAUAAUCUCGGGGUUGCUCAUGGUGAUAUGCUUAAGUUUGAUAUGGCUAUUGUAUUCUACGAGCUUGCCUUUCAUUACAAUCCACAUUAUGCGGAAGCUUGUAACAAUCUAGGUGUUAUAUAUAAAGAUCGUGACAACCUUGAUAAAGCUAGUAAGAUGGACGCCGCGACAAGUAUGAUUGAGAAAGCUAUCAUUACAAAUCUGACAUAUGCAGAGGCCUACAAUAACCUAGGAGUUCUUUACAAAGAUGCUGGUGAUAUUGCUCUAGCAAAUAAUGCUUAUGAACAACGUCUCAAGAUUGAUCCCAACUCUCGAAAUGCUGGCCAGAACCGCCUGCUUGCAAUGAAUUACAUAGAUGAAAGAAAUGAUGACAAACUUUUCGAAGCUCAUAGGGAUUGGGGUAGGCGGUUUAUAAGACUAUAUCAACCAUUCACAUCAUGGAACAACUCAAAAGAUCCCGAAGGUUUCAAGAAACACUAUGCCACAUUACAAGUUGAAUUAACUGAUGAAUGGUACCCUAUAAAUGCCAUUUUGGAUGUUCCAUUAUCAAAGCAGCUGGCUGCUGGAAGAUUGUUUUCAGUUCUCAAAGCUUCACUUCUCUCUGAUUCAUCAUACAAAGUUAAUUUUUCUCAACUUGCGAUAAUCUUCAUAAUUGUCAUCAUUUCCGCUCUUCUCCUAUCGCCAACGCACGCAACCCCCAAACCAAAGAAAAGUGAAGACAGUGAUGAAGGGAUCAAGACGAAGCAUACAAGAUUAAGAAGGACAAUAAUUGUAUUACUUCACAUCUGGAUUUCUGAAGCGCUACCAACGUGUCUUCAAUAG